AUGCCUUCUAGGCGCCGUACCAUGCAAGAGGAAGAGGAAUCCGAGGAAGAACCUACCCAAAGCACACACCGCCGACGCGGGCGCGCACCAGCCUCUGAAGAUGAGAGCGAAGGGGAGGAAGAGGAAGAAGUCGGAGGCGAUGGCGUGGAUGUCGAUGGAGCUGAGUCCAUGGAUCAGGCUGUGAAGAAACUCGUGCGAUACGCGCUAGCUUGCGAAUAUCAGAGAAUAACGAUCAAAAGAACGGGAAUAUCCGAAAAAGUGCUUGGGAAGCAGCCCCGCUCAUUUAAACACGUCUUUGAGGCAGCACAGAAGCAACUACGGACAAAGUUUGGCAUAGAGAUGGUUGAGUUGCCACAGAGGGAAAAAGUUACGUUGAAAGCAAAGAGAUCUGCUGCGAAAUCAAAAGGAAACUCGAAACCAACGGCCUCCUACAUUCUCUCAACAACCCUCCCCGCACAAUAUCGCACGCCCGAAAUCCUUGCCCCGUCAUUAAUUGGCAGUGAAGAAGACGAAGCGACCUAUAUCGGCUUAUGCACUGUGAUCGUCGCCUACAUUUCCAUGAGCCCAGCAGAAGCAGUUCCAGAACAUCGACUUAUCAGAGCGUUGAAGAGGCUGAACGUAGAUGAGAACACGCCUCUUGGCAAAACGGAUGCAAUACUAAAGAAGAUGGGCGCCCAUGGUUACAUCUGGAAAGUGACGGACAGACAGGGUGACGAGGAAACCAUUGACUAUCGGUUGGGACCGAGGGGAAAGACGGAGAUUGGGAAGAGGGGUGUGCGGGGUUUCGUGCAGGAGGUAUAUGGCGACUCAGCUCCAGAUGAUCUUGAUAAGCUACUGAACAGAAGUCUCAAUAUGGAUGUUGCUAGGAUUGAACAGGUGGACGGGACAACUGUUAUAGCUGAAGAGGACCAGGGAGAACCAGAAGCAGGUCCUAGUAGGGUUAGAUCGUCAGGGAAAAGACGAAGAGCGGCUGAUGACGAUGAAUGA